UGAAAUUCUAUUGUGGAAGCACCAUGCAUGUUUUUAUACAUUCCUUCGUAACUAGCAUUUUAUGGUAAAUAGUUAUUGAGAAAUGUGCAGCGAUUUAUUGUAUCAAACGUUUUUUAGUUGACAUUACUCUGUUUGUAAUAAGAAAAUGUAAACUUGAAGUUGGUUAGCUUUGUUCAGUCUUUAUCUUCGACAUGGGAAACGGAGCGGCGGUCCCGUCCAAUUCGCGCCAAAUUGGGGCAGCUGAAAGUGAUCAUACAACGGCGCUGGUCACAGAAAGUCAAAACAUCGGUGGUCUUGCUCGACUGGCAGAAGCAAAAAGUAAAUUUAUGAACACAAAAGGAAGACAAGAAGCGUUGAAGGCUUCGAAACAGGUAAACUGUAUACAAUAUAUGUGAUAUCAAGUUGUUUGAAAUGUAAUAAUGUAUCAAUUAUAAAGUCACAGCACACUAUAGACUGAUUUUUGGUUUCCAUGUCAAGAUAGUGUAUUGCGAGGUGUAUUGUAGAUAUAAAGGUCAGCCUUGUACCCCAGGCAUCUUUGUGCACAGAAAUAACGCUCUGAGCUUACGCACACAGCAUGUUGGCGAGGGUCAUUCGACUCAUUCACAUCCUCAAGCACCCUCACUCUAACACCACUGAUCUGUAUAUGACAGGUAAGUGAGAUUCCCCUUACGAAUUUGUUAUUUGUCUGUCAUGCAAACCAACAAGCUUUGGCUAUUUGUCCGUGAAUUAACUUGAUUGGUUCAUUUACAUGGCCAGUGAUUGUUUCACACAGUAAAACCAGAACCUUGCCUGCACCUAACCUCUUCCCUAAUCUCUAACCCUAAUCUCUAACCCUAAUCUCUAACCCUAACUAAUCAAGUUACCUGCUCACAGGUCAAUCCAUGGAGCUAGCGUGCACAAGGCAGUUCCUUAACCACUUGGCUACCAAGUAUUUGCUUGAAAAUGAUUGAGAUUUACUGAUUUACUUGAUGUCAUUUUACAGUAGCAAACUGACAGAAUGAAGAAAUGAACCAAUCAAAUUAAUUCAUGGGCAAAUAGCCAAAGCUUGUUGGUCUCCAUGACUGGACGAAUAACCACUUCCUUCCUCUUGUUAAUAACUAAGCAUGAUCCCUUUUAAACACCUGGGUACGAGGCUGUAUUUAAGGUUGGCACCGGUACGCCAACAAUGGAUCAGUCAGAAGCACUGUAUUGCUUCUUGAAAUCCCUAAAAUCCCAAAACUUCCGAUUGAAAUUCAAAAAAUCCCUGUAUGGUUUUUUCAGAGUAACACACCCCUCGGAUCAAUAAUCAACACAGGGGCGGUACUAGACCUAUUUUAAUGGGCGUUGUAAGUGAUAAUUUGCUGAGUCAUUUCCACUAAUUAAUAUUUUUCCCCCAAGAGUUUUAUCGCGCAUUUUAGUUUUUUUCCAUUCCUAUCCAAUUCAUGUUUUGCUGACUGGAACACAAUAAUUUGCCGACUACCUGACGACUGUGGAGAUGUUCCAUCCCAUCUAGCACCGCCCCUGCGUCAACAAGCUUUAUAAAUAAUAUUGUGAUCACACAAGCCCAUAGGGAAUGUAUUAGGAGUUAGGUGUAAGGUUACUGUAGGGGCUGGGGUUAGCAGGUAAUUUUGUAAUUAAUUUAAUAAUUACUUGUUGCAUGAACAUAGAUUUUGUAACUUGAUACAAAUAACAUUUGAACAAAGUAAUUUGUGUUACUUCUACAGUAUGUGCUUCCUAAUAUCUUCCAACCUUACCAUAUCAGGAAAUGUCAGAAGGAAAUGGCACUGCAUGGCAUUGAAUGUCUGUGGAGGCUUAACUGGUUAUGCGACUGCACAAAAAUUGCCCUGCUCAUAUUAAGUAACAAAUAGAACACAGUUGAAUUAUAUGACUUGUUUUGUAUGUUGCUUAGGAUGAAAUUGUGUUACCAGUUACCAAAAUAUUUUGUAUUAUACAUAUAUACUGUACUGUGUAUCUCUGGUUAUAAAAUGCCCACAUUUUUUUGUCAGAUUAAAGGGACAAACUUCAUCAAAGAAUUAUAUCAUAGACUUGACCCAAGUAUUGCCUUGCCCAAUGCUGUGGAUAUCACUGGAGAAAUCCAGGUUGCUAUGAAAUACAACAGGGAAGAAAAACUUCUGCUUUUAAAAUUGAUUCAAGCAAGAGAGUUGGUACCAAGAGAUGUCAUUGGUUACUCAGAUCCAUAUGCUGUUAUUAAAAUAGUUCCAGAUAGGUAGGUACAAACACAAA